AUGGAACAAGGCCGGUGCUCCUCGUUACUGAGCGCCCCACAAACUUAUGGCCGUCUCGUUCGAUCCAACCCCCACUGCAGAGCGAUCCCUGCCCUAUGGCGACCCCAAAAAUCCUCCGGACUUCGAUCGUAUACUCGUCUCCUUCCCCUCUCUGACGGCGCGUGUCCGAUCGUUCGCCGUUCCACCGCCAACCCAAGUCUCAUCAAUUCGAAACGUUCCACGUCGCCUCGCGCGCUGCCCGUAUAUCAACGGGAACUGUGUCUUGAAGUAGUUGCGUGUUACGUCGCCCGUAAGCUCGUCUCCCUCCCCUCGUUGAUGGCUGUUCGACAGUCCAUCAUUCCACCGCCAACUCAGGCAUCGCGAGUUCAGAUUGUUGCACGUUGCCUCGCCGCCGUCGGUCUAUCAAAGGGGAACUCUAAGCUGGAGGAGUUACACAGGCCUGUAGAACGUUAA